GUGACAUGACAAAGGGUUAAAAAUUUAAUUUUUAGGGAUGUCUAAGAAAUCUGUUCUUGUUGUUGUUGGAACUACAAAAUUUGAAGAUCUGAUAAAAGCAGUCUCUGAGAAAAGAUUUCAAAAAUUGCUAUUUUCAAAAGGAUACACUCAUUUAAAUAUUCAGAUAGGCCAUGGUGAAUAUACGCCUGCGAAUAGUGAGAGUGGGAGUGGCAGAGAAGAAGGGCUGAUUGUUGACUGGUUUCGUUUCAAGCCUACACUGGCUAGCGAUAUGACAGAAGCAUCACUUAUCAUCAGUCAUGGAGGUUCUGGUACAAUAUUUGAGUCACUGUCAUUACGUAAAGCCCUGAUUGUUGUUAUUAAUGAAACCUUAAUGAAUAAUCAUCAAACAGAGCUUGCGUCUAGACUGGCUAAAGACGGACACUUAGUGUAUACUUUCAGCAAAUCAUUAUAUGAGACUAUUGAGACAUUAGAUCCAGGAACACUAAAACCUUAUGAACAAGGACAACCAUCACUGUUUGCUGACCAUUUGGAUAAACUAAUGGGAUUCAAUGGAGAUAAAACUGACUAACAAAAACACUGUAAUCAAUAUGUUUCUAUGUAUUCUUUUUUCU